AUGCAGGAUGGAUCGGAGGUGGUUGUCAAGAUUCCGAAUCCGAAUGCUGGACCCAGCCACUACGUAAUGGCGUCAGAAGUAGCGACCAUGCAAUAUGCGCGUGAGUCUCUGCAACUGCCUGUUCCGAGAGUUUUGUCCUAUUGUAGCCAUGCUUCGGAGAGUCGGCUGGGGACUGAGUACAUCGUGAUGGAGAAAGCCCGAGGAAUUGAGUUGAGCCGCAAAUGGGACACCCUCAAGGGGCGGGAGAAGUUAUCAAUUGUGAAGCAAAUUGCUUCCAUUGGUUCUACACUAUCUAGGGCCGAGUUCCCAUUCUACGGUGCCUUGUAUCGUCAGGAAGACGUGUCGGAAUUGGAAAGUAUGAUGAUUGACGAGACUUUUGCGAUCGGCCCAUUAACAGGCAGGUCGUGGCAUGAAGACGAAAGAGGGGAGUUUGAUGUCUACAAAGGUCCAUGGUUUUAUCCUGCGGAUUUCAUCAGAGACAUGGCUCUGCGUGAAAAGGGCUGCGUUGAAAAAUUCUUUCCGUUGUUCCGAGAUCGUCAGCAGGGAUUCUUCAAUUGGUAUGGGGACUAUCGCCCGACGAAGGAAGCAAAGCUGUCUGCUUUAAAUGAUUUUCUUCAGAUCUUCAAAAAUAUUCUACCAAUAUCCGAUUUAUUAAAAGUCGGAACACUGUGGCACGGCGACCUGCACGGACAGAAUAUAUUUGUCGACCAUGAUGAUCCGACCAAGAUUACCAGCAUCAUUGACUGGCAAACUGUAUCUAUAUACCCCAAGUUCUUUGCUGUCUGUCACCCAUCCUUGAUAGAAUUUGACGGUCCGAAACCAGAGCAAUUUGUGAUGCCGACUUUACCAGAAGGCUUCGAGGAUUUUGAUGUGAAGCAGAAGAAAGUCGCCAAGGAGCUUUAUCUUGCGCAGAUAUUGUGGCUCUCUUAUGAGCUUCAGGUUUCCAAAGAUUCCAGUGGCUUUUCGCGUGUUUUUGAGUAUCAGGAUUCGUUGCAAGCCGAGUUACUUAGACUAAUAGGAGCAGUCUUCGAUGGGGGUGAGCCCUAUAUCCAAAGGCUGCUUGCCAUUGCCUCGAGAGAUGAGAUAUGGCCCAAAGUAGUUGGGGAAGAUGACGACGGGAACCCGAAAGAGCCCUGCCCUUUGUACUAUAGUCAGCGUGAUUUGGAAACGCAGGAUCAAGACUUUGAAAAAUGGGCAAGGGACAUCGAAAGGAAGCAAGAGCUACUUGACGAGGUUGGCGUGAGUUCAGGCUGGGAUGGAGAUGUACCUGCAGACCAGUAUGAUGAACUCAUUAGACGACUGGAUGUGGCCAAGGAGAGGUUUUUGAAUCGUGCAUCAUCAACUCCAGAGGAACGAGCCUUGUGGGAGAAGACAUGGCCUUUUCAGGAUAAGACCAGCUCAUAG